CCGAAUCUCUUUAGAAAGAAGAUUAUAUUCCUUAAAGAGCUUUUGAUCUCUUUAAAGAAUAUUUUACGCUAAGCUUUUGUAAUUUAGUGGACUGUUGUGAGGAAGUUGAAUAUUUGACUCAGUCGUCUAUUGCCAUUGAUAAGGAGAGAGAGAGAGAGAGAUAGAGAGAGAGAGAGAGAGAAAAAGAAAGAAACGCGACAGUUGGUCUCGCUUUUCCUGCUUUUGCUCCUGCUCUCGCUGCCAUGAACUCGUCGUAAAAGGUGAUCCGCGAGGCUACUCCCCAGCGCCAUGGCAGCCGUCGAGGAGGAGCAACUCGACCCCAGGGUACAGUCGGACCGGCACGGCACCGAAGGAGAACCUGCUACAGUUCUGGUCACCUUUGGAUGCCGUAGGAAGGACGUCAUCGAAGAUCGCCAUAGGCCCGCGGACCGAGAUUUCGUCAGAAAAGGUGUUAAGCCGUCCCAGUGUAGUGGACGGGCGUUGCCUGCCGGACUCCACGUAGAUCCAGAAAACCAGCACCUUUGCCGCAGGAGCCCCCAGUCAUACCUAAAACUUGCAGUAAGAGAUACACGGCAGAGUGAGUAUUCCAUGAGAUUUCCCGUAUCUUGA